AUGAAAACUUCUGUAGCUGUGAAAGUUUUGUCUCUACUGGAAACUGCACAGCAACAAAACCGCAAUAUUUUUUUUAGUUUUCAAUUCAGGAAAGAAUAAAGAAAUCUCGCGUCUUUACAUAGACGUGGUUGCAGGAGCUAACCCACUCCACGCAAUCGUGCACUUGCCCCAUGCGUCUUACCAUAGACAGAGGUCUUUACUCAUUGCUCAUUUCCUACUAUUGCAUUUCCUGGAUUCGUGAUUUCACUGUACAGCUUCUGCUUUGUGGCGCCUGUAUGCUGCCAUGUGUUCGUCCAGCUCUUGCCAUUAGUGUUGACAACUUAUGUGGAGAUCUGCAUUGCGUUUCUGCCAAUGGAAUAUACUAAAUCAUAUAAUCACUUAUUUUACAUCUCUGUAAGGAGGAGUAUUUGACACAGACAUGGAUGGAUCAUCAAAUAGUCUUGGUGACAGGAGUGUAUCGGUUCUAACGCCAUGGCGAAAGUUCGUGCCAAACAUGCUAACUAUUCUGUCGUUGGGUGCACAGACCAACACAGAACACUGUUACCAGCCUCACAGGAGACAAGAGAGCAAUGGAUUUAUUUUGUUUUCAAUGGAAAUCCCCCACACUGAACGAGGCAAAGCUGCAAAAAAAGACAUUAUGAUAUGUCGGCAGAAAGCAGCACAGAGUUUCCUGACAGGCUGUCGCUAAUGGAGGUGCGCCUUCAAGCACAGGAAGAUGAAAUAACACUACUGAAGUCUUCAUUGGCUGAUGCCUUACGCAAGCUACGCAUUCAUGACCAACAGAUACCCAUGCUAAAACAGCAGCUGAUUGUUGUGAACCCUGCUGCAGCUCGAGUGUUGAAUCAGUCCUGUUAUGUGGAUGGAUUGUCUAAAUGCAGACUGUCUACAAGCUCUCCUGAUGCAACUCAUCACGCACCCAACAGCCAUAUCUCAUUCACAGCUGAAAAUGGGGAGGGUGGGGCUAAAACCAUUUCCAACAUCAAACCGAGCACUAUUGACAGGUGUACACAGACCGAACCUUGGAUUCCAAAUCAUAAGACUGCCUCACUGGCCCUAACACAGGCAGUCAAAAAUAUCUCCCUUGAGGAUGCCUUACCUGCAGCCAUCCCCUUUACAGAGGACACUUUGACCAAGCUCUACAGAGAGGAGUAUGACAUUGAUGAAGCAGAGAGUAAGAAGGAACACACAUGGAGCUCUGUGGUAGAAGAUGCCAUCCAGCCCACCACAGUCAGAACCCUCCAGCAACAACAGAGCAAAGGCAGCGAGGAAAGCCAGGGUUUAUGCCCUCAAAACCCAACUUCCUCUUUGCCAGCAGCUCUAAAAGAGACAACAAUCGACCCUUGUGGAGCUCCCCUCUCUCCCAUCCAGGAGGGCGAAAAACUACUGGUGAGGAGAAACAGUGAAAAGCUAACUAAAGACCCUCAAGACAAGACCAAACAGCGUCUUUCUAAGAAAGCAGCCUCAUCGACAAACUUACUUACACGUUCUCCAAGUCUUGAGAGCCGGGCAAAAGACCUUAUCUCCAGUGCAGGAUCUCAGGGGUCUAGAAGAGGAACUCAGAGUCAGUCCAUUAAGAUGUUUAUUCGUGGGAGACCCAUUACCAUGUACAUUCCCUCAAACAUUCCAAAGUAUGAGGAGCUGAAAAUGGAUCUUCCCUCACAGAAAUUGGAACUGGACUGGGUCUAUGGUUACAGGGGGAGGGACUGUCGAGCUAAUUUUUACUUUUUACCCUCUGGGGAGGCUGUUUAUUUUAUUGCCUGUGUUGUGGUUUUGUACCAUAUCAGCAACCAAACACAACGACAUUAUCGUAAACACACAGACUGUGUACGAUGUCUCGCCAUCCACCCAGACAAGGUGCGUGUAGCAUCUGGACAGACAGCAGGGGUGGACAAAGAUGGCAAGCCUCUACAGCCAUUUGUACACAUUUGGGACUCCAAAACGCUAGUUACACUGCAGCAGAUUGGCCUCGGGACUUUUGAGCGGGGUGUAGGAUCUGUAGCAUUUUCCAAUGCAGAUGCAGGAACAUUCCUAUGUGUGAUUGAUGACUCGAAUGAGCACAUGCUUUCGUUAUGGGACUGGAAUAAAAACACAAAGCAUGCUGAGGUCAAGAGCACUAAUGAAGCAGUCUUAGCUGUGGACUUCAACCCUGUAGACACCAACAACAUCAUCACUUGUGGCAAGUCCCAUGUUUACUUCUGGACCAUGAGUGCUGGGACACUGACCAAGAAACAAGGCAUUUUUGGAAAAUACAAAAAGCCGAAGUUCAUUCUAUGCUUCGUCUUCAGUCUUACGGGGGAUGUGUUGACGGGUGACUCUGAGGGAAACAUUCUUACAUGGGGAAAAUCAGCUGCAGACAUUAAAACAUUAGGAAAAGGAGCAAAGGAAACAUUUCAGAUCAUGAAGCAGACGCGCGCUCAUGAGGGCAGCGUUUUUACUAUGUGUGUCCUGCAGGGUGGUGCGAUACUAAGCGGUGGCGGCAAAGAUCGUAAGAUCAUCCGCUGGAGUGCAGAUUUGGCACCCGAAAGAGAGUGUGAGAUUUCAGAGAAAUUUGGUGCAGUCCGAACCAUUGCAGAUGUAGAUGGAGAGGAAUUGCUUGUUGGCACAACACGAAACGCAAUCCUUAGAGGGACAUUUUCAGAUGGGUUUGUGGCCAUUGUGCAGGGGCAUGUGGAUGAAAUGUGGGGUCUGGCCACACACCCCUCUCAGAACAUCUUUCUUACAUGUGGGAAUGAUCGUCAGGUAUGUUUGUGGAAUGCAGAAGACCACAAACUGGACUGGUCCACUAUACUUGAGGAAUCUGGUCUUUGUGCUGAUUUCUGUCCAAAUGGUGCUGUUGUCUCUGUUGGACUAAGUACAGGAAGAUGGGUUGUGCUGGAUCUGCAAACCAAAGAAAUGGUAUCAGACCUUACUGAUGGCAAUGAACAGCUGUCUGUGAUGAGAUACUCACCAGAUGGCUGCUUUUUGGCAGUUGGCUCCCAUGACAACUUCAUCUACAUUUAUAGUGUCACAGAUGGUGGUCAGCGCUAUACACGAUUUGGAAAAUGCACAGGCCACUCAAGUUUCAUUACUCACCUGGACUGGUCCAAAGAUGGAAAGUACAUCAUGUCCAACUCUGGCGAUUACGAAAUUCUCUACUGGGAUGUUGCAGGUGGCUGCAAGCUGCUGAGGAACCGCUUUGAGAGUAAAGAUCGAGAGUGGGCAUCCUACACAUGUGUGCUUGGUUUUCAUGUCAUGGGUGUGUGGCUUGAGGGCUCAGACGGGACAGACAUCAAUGCCUUGUGUCGAUCACACAGUGAAAGUAUGGUGGCAGUGGCUGAUGAUUUUUGUAAAGUUCACCUGUUCCAGUAUCCAUGUCCUAAACCAAAGGCACCAAGUUAUAAAUAUGAAGGCCAUGGCAGUCAUGUAACCAAUGUACGUUUCACGUAUAAUGACAGUCAUCUUCUGUCAAUGGGUGGAAAAGACACCUGUAUCCUCCAGUGGCGAGUUAAAAGAGCGGGAACUGGAAAUGAUAAGGAUCUUCUGCCCUCUUCCUCUUCUGUCUGUCCUAAUUCUGUCUAUACAGACAAUGGAAUACAGAGACACAUACCAUGAUUCGAGAGUGAAAAAAGGCAUAAAGAUUUUCAGGGAAAUUAAACCGCAAUGAAAUGUCUUAUUGCGCAAUCUGUUGUGACAAAAAGCAUUUGGAAGGUUAUGCUAACUAUUGCAAAAUAUGUUCCAACAUUCUGUUACAAUUGAGAAGUCACAACUAUUUUGUACCUAUACAUUCCUUAAUCAACCGACAUGUUACUAUGUACAAUGUGUUGCUGUGUAGUGACUUUACAAACUGCAAACAACCAUGACUUUCAGAUAUUUGGGUAGAUCUCACAAAGAAAUGCCAUAUUUCACCCCAGAAACAACUGAAAUAAGAAAUGUGCAAAAUGCAGAGUAUAGUGUCUCAUUUUUUCUUUUGAUUUUGGUUAAUGAUUUGACAUUACUUUAGUUUUCAUGAGAUUUUUCAUUCUAUGUACAACAUUACAUCAUUUUGUAAAUUCUGUAUCACGAUACUGAUAAAAAUUGUUCAGUUUUAUUUCUAUUCACAUAUUAUUAAUUAUUUUGUUUUCAUAUAGGCUUAUGCAAGUCUACAUGCUUAUUUUACAGAUUCACGUGCUUCCUCAUUACUUUUUGUUCUCAACCAUUAACUACGUGUGUAACUCAUUCCAUUAUAAACCUUCAGUCAGUUGUCUCUGUGAAACGUAACAUCCCAGCAAACACAGAAUGUUUACAUAAUGUUCGUUUUUGGUUCACUUUUAGUUAUUUUUUUAAACAAAAAAUAACGUUCUAAGAACGUUCUUUCCAGGUUUUAUUUUUUGCAACCAGAAAAUAACAUUCCCAGAAUGUUACAGGCUAUUCCCUGGUGGUUAUUUUUGCAAACAGAAAAUAACGUUCCAGUGUAUUUUAUUUUUUUGUUGAAAAAUAACCUUAACAUUUUUUUUUUAUUUCUCCAGCAUAUGCGCUUUCUCCUCUGGUUACUGGUUUCAUGUUUUUUUGUUGUUGUGUGAAAUAGUCAACAAUUUACACAUGACAUACUUUAAUGGUAAAUUUGCCAAGACUGGUAGACGUCUGCCAUGUGCAAUAGAGGAAUUAAAUAAAUUAAGAAAUACAGUAAAUGAUCAGAUGAAUAUUAUAAAUCCAAAAUCCAUACCUGAGAAUAUUAAACUAGGCUACAAAGGUAAAUGAAAAUAUAGUCAUAAAUCCAUGUGUUUCUUUUGUGCGGGUGUCUGAUAUAUGCGUGUGCUCUUUACCAGCACGCGCAUUCUUAGCCGCGAACUGCCGUCAUUUAAAAUUUAACGGUCAUUUCGUUUUACCUCACUCACUAAUGGGCCAUUCAAACGGUGAGCGGUGGAAUUGCCGUGCGGCAGCAGUCACAAAAAUAUCAAAUAUUUUUAUCUUCAGCUGCACCUGCCACAAAGAGCCGUGCCCUUGGAAGUUGCAGGAUUUUGGAUGCACGAGCACCGCCAACGAAACAGCCCGCGUUUUGCCGCUUAUAUCGCAUGUUUCCUUUUGAAAAUGAACUAGACAAUCGCGACUGCUUCGUACCGUGUGAAUCCACCAUAACACAGUUUAGCGGUAUAAUUAUUUGAUCUUUUACUUAAUAAAGUAAAGAUUUGAGAGUAAACCUAUAUUUUCGUAAUUUUCGAUAGAUUUGACACAUCUAAAUCAACAGACCAUGAUGUAAAGACUUAAACUCAGAGCUUGAUUGUUAACUAAAAACAGAGCCACUAUACUUCAGUUGUAAGACAAGAAAAUAUUGUUAGCCUGAAGAUAAUUCUGUCAAUAAAUAUCUGCUUUAAAUCGUGUAUAUUGUGUUUAAGUCAUUGGUCAUUUUAUUUCUAUAUAAUGUCUGAUGCUGAGGUACACUGUGUGGUUUUACUAGAAAUACUGUGCUGUUUAAAUCUAAAAUAGAAAGUUAUAAAAAAAGAAUUAUUAGGCUUAUAGAAUUAGAUUCGAUUUUUUAUUAGAUUAGAUAAGCGAUGGAUAAAACACAUGGAUGUCCGUGCAGUGAGGCCAAAAGGAUCCGAGAAAAAUAAUUCAGGCUAACGUUCUGGGAACGUUCCCCUAACGUUAGUUUUUGGUUCCCAGGAAGUUUUUAAGGUCUGUUUUUCGGUUUCUAUAACGUUAGGGGAAUGCUAGUUUUUGGUUCCAAGAACGUUAUGGGAACCAGAAACUAACGUUUUAUAUAUUUUUGUAAAGAAAACUUUCCUGGAAAACCAAAAUACGAACCUUAAAAAACUAACGUUCUGGGAACCAAAAACUUAUGCUAGGGGAACGUUCUGGGAACCAAAAAUUGUUAGCUGGGAUGUUAUGUUGAGCUGGAUAAUAAUUGCUAUCAGGAAUGUAUCCACUGUCUUAAAAACUAAAAACUUGUAUUUUAUGAAUCAAGUCCGCUGUGAAAUGUCCUAAUCAUAGUUUAUUCAAUAAAUAUGUUUUGAAGUAAACAUGUUUGAUUUUUU